AUGAGUUGGCUUAAGGGACCGGAUGGAAACCCUGUUAUUGAUGUUUAUGAAAAGUCCACCUCGACUUAUGAUCGUUUCGGUAUUGAGCAGUGCAAGUCACCUUCUGCUGGGGGGAAACAGUGCGCUCCUAGCGGUGGAGGGGGUUGUAUGGCCAAGCCGGUUUGA